UUGAAGGACCUUAUAACGUUUAUAUGGUUGGCCAUAUUUGUGAUAUUUGGAGUAGGAAUAUAUUACCAUGCAAAUCUUUGGCCAGACCACGUGUACAUAUUUGGUGACGGGUCUUUAGGAUCAUGGAGGAUCUGGAAAAUCAUCAGUCUUCCUUACUGGCAGCUUUAUGGAGAACCUAACGAAGAAUACAUCAGUGGAAAGGACCAGUCCGACUGUACCAAUAUUACGUCUAUUUGGUCCUCAGACCCAUCUCAAGAGAGAUGUCCACGCGAGGACUGGACAGUUGUUUUGAUCGCUGCAUUUUACAUGUUAUUCUCCAACCUUCUACUAGUGAACCUUGUAAUAGCUAUGUUCAGCUACACAUUUGGGAGAGUCAAAUCGAAUUCCGAAAAACUAUGGAUGUUUGAGCGCUAUGUGGUCAUAAAGGACUUUGAGUAUCGAAAGCCUUCCUUAAUAAACAUAAUUUGCUUUUUGAGUUACAUGAUCAGUUGCCUGUUUCAAAAAUGCAAAAACAGAGUGAAAAAUAAUCAAGGGAAAAGAGAAACAAGUGAAAAUAAAAAAGAGGAGAAGAGGAACUUGAAGAAAUUUCAAAAAAUCAUGGCAACGAGAGUUGUCUAUGCACAGGCAGAACAUGUAUUGAGAACUGCUGAAACGAAUAGCAUGUAAAACACUGUUUCUUUUUUUUAAAC